GAUGGGGAAAUUAAACAUGUCCUUGUUGAAAUCUAGGCUUCUAUCUAUAACAUUCCUAACAUAUGCUAGGCUUUUGGAGUCACUCUGACAGCAGAAGAGUUCGGUUCCCCCCCCCCCAAAAGGGAUAUUUUCCCUCUCUCUGCUUCAGGCUGUGCUGGCGAAAGGAACGAGAGGAGCCUCGAACUCAGGGCUUGCUAGGAGCGAAGAGGUGGCUCAGAGUCAAGGGUUCCCGCUGCAGAACUGAGCUCGAGACACCAGCAUUUCUGGAAGCGGAGGCUAUGCAGAGCAGUUGUUUGCUGGGCUCCAGAAAAGAAACAUUCGGCUGAGUUUACGGCGUACCGUACUUCCCUCUCACAGCGGCUGGGUUUCUCCCUCUACUUAGCUGGACAUCAAGAUGCAAGCUCCCCUUGAGGAGGCCCUGGGGGUUCUGGUGAAGACCUUCCACAAAUACUCUGGCAAGGAAGGUGACCGGCUUAAGCUCAACAAGGCUGAGAUGAGGGAGCUGCUUCUCCACGAGCUGCCCACCUUUGUCAGGGGCAAGAUAGAUGAACCUGGGUUCAAGUACUUGAUGAAGAAACUAGAUGACAACGGAGAUGAGGAACUGGACUUCCAGGAGUAUGCUGUCUUCUUGGCUCUCACCGCUUCCCUGUGCAACGAGUUCUUCCAGGAGUGCUCAGAUGAGAGCAACCGGAAGAGAUGAGGUCAGCGUUUCCAAGGGGACCUCUUUCACCGUUACACCAACCCGGCCAGAAACCUGCCAGGAGGGGCUGACAAUACAGUAAUAAAGAUUAUUCAAAUCGUC